AUGGCUGUUCUUUUUUUCCUGUUCUUGAAUAUGUUGUUCUAUUCUACAAAUUGUGAACAAUCGGAAAUAUUACCAUUAGGUGAUAUUAUAUCCAGUGUUGCAGAUAUAACAAAUGCAAUAACCUCCAAUCAAAAGGAAGGAUCAAUUAAUGAUGCUGUUACUGAUUCCUUACCAAAGAUUAACCUAAAAAUAGUUCCAUCAAAAAAAUUGCAUAUCACUAAAAGUGACUUGGUUUUUUUAUUGUCUGAGUUACGACAAGAAAUUAGAAGACAAAUGGGUAUUCUCGAAGACGAACUUGAAGAGAAAGAAAGAAUGAGACAAAGAUCUUCUUCCUUAUGGAAUGACAACGAAUCAGCUAUUUACACCCCAAAUGAAAAGAUAGAUGAAUCUCAGGAGGUCAGCACUAUAGAAGAUGAAGAAGAAAAAGAAGAAAUCGAAGAUUUUUUAGACUCAUUAAAUAAGAUAAAGAACGAAGAUAAUGAUAACACAAAAGAAAAUGUAACGUACGAUAUUGAGAUACACGAAAAUAGAGAUACACAUAAACAAAAUGAUUUACAAAACGAUAAAGGAUUUAAACAAAAAUUACUUAGGAACGGCCCACUUAUGAAAUAA